AUGGCAUAUUCUUCAACUUCAUCCAUUCGCAAGAGCUUUAAGUAUGAUGUGUUUUUGAGUUUUAGGGGUGAAGACACUCAUUCCAACUUCGUGGAUCACCUUUAUUACGCUCUUCAGCAGAAAAACAUUCACACAUACAAGGACGAUGAGGGAAUCAAGAAAGGGAAAAGGAUCAGUGAUGAGCUCAUCAGAUCGAUUGAAGAGUCUAGAUUUUACAUCAUUAUUUUCUCCAACUAUGCCUCUUCUUCUUGGUGCUUAGAUGAGCUUGUGAAGAUAAUGGAAUGUCACGGGACUGCAGAGCAUACUGCUUACCCAGUCUUCUAUGAUGUUGAGCCAUCUGAAGUCCGCAGACAAAGUGGGAUAGUUGAAUAA